CUCUCACCGAUUUACCAUUUUUAAAGCGUCUCGUGCAAAAAAACCCCAACCUUCCAUUCUCCGGGAUACGCCACGGUUAAUUUUUGAUGCUAAAAACAACUUUGCAUCCCUUGUGAGGUAAAGAACAAUGGUGGGGAGCCGCGACUCCCAGCAUUCACCGGACGUGAUGGAUCAUUUGUGACGUAAUGUCUCCGAAGAGACUGGAAAGUUCUAGAAAAGGGAGGAAAAAAAGGAGGCUCUGCGGCGAUGGAGAGAAUACCGAGCAGUUGGCUCGCUUAAAAAAAGUCGCGUUUGUUUUAAACACAGCAGAUAUAAAGAUGGAUAAAUCUCCAGAACUGGAUGAAAUGUACCCAAGCUGUUAUGCAAGGCAAGCAAAGAGAUUGCUGGGGUCUUGAGAUUUCACAGCCAUCGUCUGCUUCGGAGAGGAAAGCAGGUCAGUGAUUGAUCACAAGGCCCCUCGGAGACUGUGUGUGAUUGGCCGCCGAGUGACCAGCGCAUUAUGUGAUUGGACACAAUGCACUUCGAGACAGCGGCUGAUUGGACGGGAGAAGACCGAUUUGUUGAUUGGACGGGAAUUUUAAGGGAAGCUGGUCGGUGAUUGGACACAACGCCUGUAGAGACAGCGGUUGAUUGGCCGCCAAAUAAUCGGGCAAAUAUUGACAAAUAGGAAAACAAUAAAAUUGUUUAAAAUUGUAGAAUCAUAGAAAUACAAAUAAAGUCUUUUAUAGACUUUAUAUCUCGAUGGUAGAAUGGAAAGUAAUCAAAAUGUACGCUUAAAAAAUGCCUGCGAGUUAAUGGACCAAACAGAUCUAAGCUAUAAUUUAAUAUAAAAUUGCAUACAUGUAAGCCUACAAGUAACAAACAAAAUGUGUAGAUCACCUCUGAAAAGUACAUGGUUGCAAUACUACUUGAUGCAGCCGUCCCCACAAAACGCCAAAUGAUUCCGGGAAUGCUGAGGCGAGAGGGAGUGAGAGAUCGAGAGAGAUCCAAAAGACGGAUUUGGAUCCCAACUACGCCUCGCUGAGACUUUGCCAGAAGUUUCAAACCUACGGCCCCCUCCAGUUCGAGCCACGUGGACCAAGAUACCACGUUGUAAACAACCACGUUCGCUACUUUGACUCAGAGUUCGCGUUCCGCCACCGUCCCGCCAGCGGUUUACAGCUGUUUGAUAUCCGCUUCAGGAAGGAGUGGGUGGUCUACGAGUUGAGAGUCCAGGAGAUGAACUCCGUUUACGGCGGAGAGAGAUGCCAGGUCUGAUGAGGGUCAAGUUCUUAGACAGUCAUUAUGGAAUUGGGAAAAGUUCUAAUGAGCUGGUGAUAGACGUGGACUGCCCUUACAGCGCCACUUUCCCCCACACUCUCCAUCUCAUGGAGACUGGAAACUGAAAAGUAGGGGAACGCCGUCCCCCUGCGUACCCCCCCUUCCCAUCACUGCAUUUGAUGCAUCUGAUGUGCAGUGUAGUGCAAAUAUACAUGUACUGUAUCUGCCAUGCAAUGUUCCUGUAAAUGUAUGUUCACUAUACCUGAUAUGCAUCGUCAUGCACGAGUACAUGUGCUGCAAGUAAUCUAUAAUGUCCUUACAAAUGGGCAUGUACUGCAGCCAUUCAGUGUCAUGCAAAUAUGCUGCAGCUGUUGUGUGGUGGCAUGCAAAUACGGGUGCUUUUAUUGGAUGUGCAUUUAUUCAUACAAAGACCUGGGUUUCAUCCUUACCCCAGGUGCUGUCUCUGUGGAGUUUGCACACUCUCCUUGGGACCUUGUGGUUUUUCACCACAUCCAGAGAGAAUAAAGGGAAUAUCAAUGAUGGGAUGAAGACCAGGAGUGAUACAAAUUAUGUUGGUACCGGGUGCAAAGAGUGGGGAAGGCUUGCAAUUGCAGUUGGUCUGUGGAGAAGAGAAUUUUGGGGUGAUCUUGCAAAAGGGUUUUACUGGAACAGCCCCCCAACUGGUGCCAUCCUCGAUUACAAUUUUGAUGUGACGAAGGGGGAUAUUUAUGUGAAUUUCAUGAAAGGAGCAACGACAAACAUCUGCUACAACCUUCUGGACAGAAAAAAACAAGAGAAUGAAUGGGGAGAGAAAAUAGCUUAUUACUGGGAAGGAAAUGAACCUCAUGACUGUUCCUUUAUCACCUACUCCCAGCUCCUGAAGGAAGUCUGCAAGUUCGCCAAUGUUCUGCGGAGUUUAGGUGUGCAGAAAGGAGAUAGAGUUGCCAUCUAUUUACCAGUGAUUCCAGAAGUGAUAUAUGCAAUGCUGGCCUGUGCAAGAAUAGGAGCUGUCCACUCAAUUGUGUUUGCAGGUUUCUCAGCUGAAUCUCUGUGUGACAGAAUAUUAGAUUGCCAAUGCAUAUUGCUGGUUACUGCAGAUGGUUUUUACAGAGGAGAGAAGCUGAUUAACCUAAAACAGAUUGCAGAUGAUGCUUUGGAGAAGUGUAAACGCAAAAAAGGUUUUGUGGUGAAAAGAUGCGUUGUGGUGCAACGCCUUAGCAACAAGCUGAGAAACAGCCAAGGACAACCCUGCUGUAACAUGCUGCAGUCAUCCUGGAACUCUGAGACGGAUAUGUUCUGGGACGCCCUAAUGAAGGACGCCAGUGAGCAGUGUGAGCCAGAAUGGGUUGAUGCUGAACAUCCUCUCUUCAUCCUCUACACCAGUGGGUCCACUGGGAAGCCAAAGGGCGUGCUGCACACUGUUGCGGGCUACUUAAUGUACACGGCAAUCAGUUUUAAAUACGUUUUUGACUACCACGCUGAUGAUGUGUACUGGUGCACGGCAGACAUUGGAUGGAUUACUGGACACUCAUACGUUACCUAUGGACCGCUGGCUAAUGGUGCAACGAGUGUACUUUUUGAGGGUCUGCUGCUUUAUCCGCAUGUGGGGAGGCUGUACGAGAUGAUCGAAAAGUACAAAGUGACGAAGCUCUACACAGCACCCACUGUCAUUCGAAUGCUGAUGAAGUUCGGAGAGGAACCCGUGAGAAAAUUCAACCUUGAGUCUUUGAAGAUCUUGGGCUGUGCUGGAGAGCCCAUUAACCCUGAGGCAUGGACAUGGUACCAUGACGUCAUUGGGAAUGGCCGUUGUCCCAUCAUGGACACCUUUUGGCAGACGGAAACGGGAGGUCCAAUGAUGACACCAUUGCCAGCUGCUACCCCUCUGAAACCAGGAUCUGCUACGUUUCCCUUCUUUGGCGUCCUCCCUGCCAUUCUGAAUCAACAUGGGAAGGAGUUGCAGGGAGAAGCUGAAGGAUACUUGGUAUUCAAGCAGCCUUGGCCAUCUAUACUGCGCACAGUGUACGGGGACAAUGAACGCUUCGAGACAACUUAUUUCAAACAGUUCCCGGGAUUUUACCUGACUGGAGAUAGUUGCAGGAGAGAUGUGGAUGGCUAUUACUGGAUCACAGGAAGGAUAGACGACAUGCUCAAUGUUUCAGGUCAUCUACUGAGCAGUGCGGAGGUGGAAUCAGCCCUGUCAGAACACAGUGCAGUGGCGGAGGUUGCAGUGGUGAGCCAUCCUCACCCCGUGAAAGGCGAAUGCAUCUACUGUUUUGUCACACUGAAGGAUGGAAGAGAAUUGACUCAGUCCAUUUCAGAUGAACUGAAAAACAAAGUUCGGCAAAAGAUUGGACCAAUUGCCACACCUGACUACAUACAGAAUGCACCUGGCCUUCCCAAAACCCGUUCAGGUAAAAUAAUGAGACGCAUUCUGCGGCAGAUUGCUUGCAAUGAGAAGGAACUGGGAGAUAUUUCUACUCUCAUCGACCCGACGGUUGUGGAUGUCCUCUUCAGCCAGAGAUGCCAAGCAGCAGCCUGAGGUGAUGUACAGCCAUGUCUAAGACCCAGGCCCACGGGAAAGUGAAGAGCCUUAUUUUAAUCAGGGCAUUAUACAGAUGUUAUACCUCAUCUGUGUACAUUAAGAAUAAACCCUUCCUCACUCAAAAACGUCUGUAAAUAUUGUCUUGCAAUUUAUGAUUACGACCCAAGAAAUUCCAUGGUUUCGAGAUCUCUCUCCUCGAACUGGGAUCUUAUUACUUGUGUUUGCAGGAAGAAGAAUUUCCUUUCAUGAGUCCUAACAUUAACAUUUAUUCGCAAAACACAAAAUGCUGGAGUAUCUCAGUGGGUCAGGCAGCAUCUCUGGAGGGAAUGAAUAGGUGGCAUUUGGUGUUGGGACUCUUCGACGGAUAAAGAUUUGUCCUGACUCGAAUCGUCGCCUAUCCACUCCCCCCACAGAAGCUGCUUGGCCUGCUGAGUGACUCCAGCACUUUGUGUUUUGCUCAAGAUUCCAGCAUCUGCAGUUCCUUGCAUCUCCAUUUACAUUUAGUAGUUUGACCUUACACUCCCUUUUUCUCUUUGUACAAUAAAGAUAAGCACGACAUUGAGGCAUAUGCAGGUUGAACCCAAGCAGGAGUCCGGGUCAUGAGUAAGAGAAAACAGAGAACCAGAAAAUCAUAAAAUUAUAUUUGUUCAAGUGCCUAAAGGGCCUGUCCCACUGUACGAGGUAAUUCAAGAGUUCUCCCAAGUUUCCCCUGAUUCGAACUCGGAGAAUUACGGUAAUAGCCGCUCAUAGGUACUCGGGGCUCUCGUGGACAUUUUUCAUCAUUUUGAAAAAACUUCACGAGCUUACCGCGUUUCCCGAGUACCUGCUGUUAGCGUUACGAGCUGCUAAGAUAUGUCCCGAGCUCCGACGUACCCGCUACGUACAUUCUACAUACUUACCACGAGUUUGAUUUUUUUUUAAACUCGGGAGAGCUCUUGGGUAAACUCGUAUAGUGGGACAGGCCCUUAUCAAUGCAGGCUGCCCCUACAUCAAUAUUUCUGAGAUCGAUUGACUCUUUCAUGACUCUAGGGGUUACAUGGAAGUUGGAAAAUUUAGGGAAAAGUUAACCUGUAAAUUUAAGAUACAAAAUUGCAAACUGAAUGCUCAAUUGCAUUCAAGAAUGGAGACGCAUUAUAAAUUAUUACUGUUGUCAAAUUAUUUUAACAACGUUGAAAGCUUUUGAGAAAUAUAUGCAUUUGUGUUCAAACUCCUCCAUGACCACAUCCCGAUCUGCCUCUGAACCGCCUAAGCACGACAAGCCUUCAAAAUCUCUGUGUUCCUCCAAUAUUUGUUCGUGCCUAAAGGAGCACCUAUUUCUGCUCCCUACUGUAACCGCUUCACAGCUCCUAGCUAUGCCUUCACCUGCCUUGAUCUCCAGACCGGACAAUCCGUUCUUGUUUCUGUCCCCUGUCUGAAGAAGGGUCCCAACCCGAAACAUCUUCUAUCCAUGUUCUCCAGAAAUGCUGCAUGACCCCUGCUGAAUUACUCCAGCACUUUGUGUCUUUUUGGGGGGUAAAUCAGUUCCUUGUUUCUAUAAGUCCUUCUCAAACUUCUCCACUUCUAUACUUCUC